AUGGCAUUCGCUGGAAAAGAUCCACUAAGAGCUCCAAUAUCUCUUGCUCUAGACAAUAGAGGUGUAUGCGAACUCGAUCGAGUCGGUCUAACUGAAGACUUGGUCGAGCUAGACAUUACAACGGGUAGAAAGAGGGUUCAGAGGUCACAGAGGGUACAAGAGGAACCUGAGGUGCUUGUUGCUGAUACAAUGGAUGUACCAGAGGGGAAUGGAAACCCUUUGGGCAAUGGACUCGGUCGAGCUAGGCAAACUCGACCGAUUGGUCAAGGAGAUGCUCCAAACCGCCACCAACAGAGACAAGGGAUUGUUCCACCACCAGUGCAGAACCACAACUUUGAGAUCAAGCUGGGAAUGAUCAACCUUAUCAAUGGUGUCUCUGAAGAUGCCAUCAAGCUGAGACUCUUUCCUAUGUCUCUAGCUGACAAAGCUCACCAAUGGGAGAAGAGCUUGCCCCAUGGCACAAUCACCACUUGGGAUGAAUGCAAGAAGGCCUUUCUUGCUAAGUUUUUCUCCACCGGUCGCACAGCCAAGCUUAGAGGAGAGAUAUCCAGCUUCAUCCAGCGAAACAAUGAGACAUUCGCAGAGGCUUGGGAGAGGUUCAAAGGCUACACAAGUCAGUGCCCACACCAUGGAUUCAACAAUGAAUCCUACUCUCCACUCUUUAUAGAGGAUGCUUGCCUAGGUAUAGGGAGAUGCUAG